UCCUUGAAUGGUUAAAACAAAAAAAAAAAGGUAAUGCAUCUGGUAGGCCUAUGAACCUAUGAUAUUUCACAAUAUUUGGUCAGUUAUACAUGCCAAAAUUUUUUUUUUUUUCAGUGGAAUUGUUCGUUUCCCUCUUUACUUAGAAAUUACAAGAUUUUUUGAAAGAUAUUGUCUUCCGUUUUGAUCAUUCAUUUCCAUUCAAUUUAACCUAAUCUUCACGAGCUCUAUUCUAUCUUCAGAGCAGGGAACAAUGCGAGUAGAUGCGAUCUUUUUCCUUGGGCCAUAACAACAUAAAAACAUCUCCAGGAUCUCUUCACCAACAGAAUAAAAGGCUUGAAGCUUUGGAACGCCGUAUUCGUUGUACCUCUUGUUACUUCCAAGCGGUCAAACUAACUGAAAAUAACAUCAGAUAUUUUCGAUCUCCCCCCUGCGUUAUCUCCGGCUAUAGAUAUUCCCUCCUUGGCCUCCUCCCAUCAUUACACCCUCCAACUCCCAUCUCUCUCUUCUCUCUCCAUCUCUGCAUCCUAUUUUCUUCCAUGGAGAAAGUUUCAAAGUUUCUCUUCUUCCUCUCCUUGGUUCUCAUAGCGAGGACCGAGAUGAAUGGUUGUAGCGAGACUGAAGAGCGUAGAAGCAGUAGGCAUCAUCCUCGGAAGCUUUUUGUUUUCGGUGAUUCAUAUGCUGAUACCGGGAACAUUGGGAAUCUAGGGAGAGAGAUUACACGUGAAUGGUAUGAACCAUAUGGCAUGACGUUCCCUAAGAGGCCGGCCGGCCGAUUCUCCGAUGGAAGAAUCCUCACUGAUUACGUUGCUUCAUUUCUGGGAAUCAGAUCUCCUGUGCCUCACAAGGACAGAAGGGUAGCCUACAAGUUGUUUCCAUAUGGCAUGAACUUUGCACUGGGUGGCACCGGCGUCUUCGACACGGGUAACGGUCAAAGCAACCUCUCCGUUCAAAUCAGUACAUUUCAGGAGCAGAUCGAUGCAGGUAUCUUCUCCAAAUGUGAUAUCAAGUCCUCAGUUGCACUGGUAUCCGUCGCUGGCAACGACUACGUGCGUUAUGAUGAUAUACAUGGCGCUACGGGCAUUUUUGAUUUCAUUGACCUCGUAACCGAGCAACUAGCAUUAGAUUUAAAGCGUAUCCAUGAUCUUGGCGUUUCCAAGGUGGUGGUCACCAAGCUGCACCCUGUGGGUUGCAGCCCCUUCUUGACAAGGAAGUACAACUACACAAAGUGCAGCACUGAAGGCAACUUGGGGGCGAAUAUCCACAACCAAUGGCUUGGAGUGGCAAUAAAGAAUAUAUCAAGUGAAGAAGACGUAACAAAGACCUUUCACAUGCUAGACCUCAACACAGCCUUCAGCUCCCUACUCAAUCAAGUGGAAGGAGCCAAGAAGUUUAAGCAUGUCCAUAGGCCGUGCUGCGAGAGCAAGACCAAUGAGACAAACUGCGGGAACCUAGAUACCAAGGGGAUCAAGCAGUACACACUAUGCCAUGACCCAAACUCCUACUUCUAUUGGGAUGAUGUGCAUCCCACCCAGGCUGCUUGGGCUGCAGUUUUCAAGUACCUCAAGCCUGAGCUUCGCCAGUUUCUGUCCCUGUGAAUUUGAUGUUGGCUUUCUUCCUUCUAGUUAUUAGAUUCAUUUCUUUUUCUUAUGAAUGUUUUGGUAGGACUAGUUUAGUGAAGUUCAAGCCUGAGUUUUGUGUAUGUGCCAAUUAUUGUUGGCCAAAUUUACUUCUGAAAUGCAGAAUUUAUGGACAAAACUGUCGUUUUCAUAUCUAUUAAAAGCCACAACCUCCAAUUUUUGUUAAUAAUAAAUAAUAUUAUCUUAAUAACUCGAUUACUUUAGUGGCACCUCUUGAGAAUUGGACUUCCUCCUAUGUUCUUUGUUAAUAUCUUGCAUUCAAUGGCCGAUUUCCUAAAAGGAAGGAAAAAUAAUGGUUGAGAAUCUUUAUACUCUCGCUAGGAGAGUUCCCAUGCCAAAUAUAAUUCAGUGCUAGACUGAAUUGGUUCCCUCAUCUGUAUAUUGCUUCAGGCAUAUAUUUUGGACAUUCAUCAAAAGUCUUUAUUUCUUCCAUAAUCAUUAAUAAAUCAUCGGCUGUUUCUGGAGGACAAUUUCAAAGAAGAAAAAAGUUUUUGCAGAUCUGGUAUUCAGUCAAUUCUGUAAAAUCCCUAGAAUAAAAAGAAUAUUUAGGGUCUCCAAGGCGCAACCUGUAAAGAACUCCUUGAGAAACGCCUUAUUUAGAGGUUCCUGGUUUGUUGCAGUAUAGGAAAAUAAGUUUGAUCACGGCCCUCUGACAACAAUUCAAAUGUUGAACAUCUACUUGGAUCUCGAUUAUUCUUUGGUUGAUCCUUGAGCAGAGGAGAUUGCUUUUCUUACCUGCAUAUAUUUUGCCUGGAUAUAUUAUUAUAGCUGAAAAAUUUGACUUCAACUACUAGAAAAAGGAUCCUUUCCUAUAACACAAAGGAGAGUUAAGUGCAUCACAUCUCCCCAAGGUACUCUCCUUGAGGCCCGAGCUGCGAAAGCAUGGAGCUCAAGUGUUAGGGCCAGCUAGCAGCAUCCAGAGUUGAUAUUUAUUCAGUUAACUAACAUUGGUGCAGGAAAAAAACCCAUCAAAGCAUUACCU